UGUGAAAGUGAAAGCCGACACAAGAGUGAAUACCAUGAAGUUCCUGCUCAGUGUUACCUUGAUGAUGGCCAUCGGCCUGCAGCAGAUCGAUGCCCACGGCAUGAUGCUGAACCCACCCAGUCGCUCCUCCCGCUGGCGUUACGAUGGCGGCGCUCCCCAGAACUAUAACGACAAUGAACUCUUCUGCGGUGGCAUGAAUGUCCAGGUCAACAAUGGUGGUCGCUGCGGACUGUGCGGUGACAAUUUCGCUGAUGGACAGCCCCGUGCCAACGAGAUCGGAGGCCGUAUUGCUGGAUAUGGUGUCGUGACCAGGAGCUAUCCCGCCGCCAAUGCCAUCACCGUCGGCAUGAAGAUCACCACCAACCAUUUGGGCCACUUUGAGUUCCAUUUGUGCAACCUGGAUGCCUAUGGCAGUGAGUCCGAGGAUUGCUUCAACCAGAAUCGCCUGCGCUUCGCCGAUGGCAGCCAACAGCUGUACAUUGGCCAGAAGAGCGGAGAAUUCGAUGUGACUGUUGUCCUGCCAGAGGGUCUUACCUGCAACCACUGUGUGCUCCGUUGGACCUAUGUUGGCGGCAACAACUGGGGUAUCUGCGAUAGUUCCGGCUAUGGCGCUCUGGGCUGUGGCCCCCAGGAGACCUUCAAGAACUGCGCUGAUGUGAGCAUCAACUGGGGACGUAACAUGAUGAAGGAGGCUGCCUCUGAUGUCGAUGUCGUUGAGGUGCCCGUUGAGGUGGCUUAAGCACCACUUCAUUCCCAACCAAAUCAACGAACUGCCACAAAAGUCUGA